CUUUCGUACUUUGCUAUAUAUCCAUUCUACACUUUAAGUGCUAACAAACGCAUCAUGAGUGACAGUGUGGAGAAUGGCAGCAAAAGCGAGAGCGCCGAAGAUGGACUACCCAUAAAGCCGUCGACUACGUCUACGUCGACGUCAACGACAACAACAACGGCAGCAACAGAAGAAGCAACAACAAAACAAGUAGAAUCAGAUUCCGACAGCCAAAGCGAAGAAGAUGGCACUAUGGAUAUGAUUCGUCGCUUCUUUUCACAGACUUUUCAUUUGGCAUCGGGCAGAACUGCGGACAACGAAGACGCAAUUGUGGAUAAGGUAAUUCCGGAACUGACCUUUGACGGUCUAUCAUCGUACUGGCGCGAACAUGGCUUUAAAAACAUUGUGACAAUGGUGGGUGCUGGAAUCUCCACGUCUGCGGGUAUUCCGGAUUUUCGAUCGCCAGGCUCUGGUCUAUACAACAAUUUGAAGAAGUACAAGCUACCGCAUCCGACAGCAAUAUUUGAUGUGGACUACUUCCAAAGGAAUCCGACGCCUUUCUUUGAACUGGCCAAAGAGUUAUAUCCCGGCUCGUUUGAGCCGACGCCGGCCCAUUACUUUGUUCGACUGCUGCACGAUAAAGGCCUGCUACAGCGUCAUUAUACGCAAAACAUCGAUACACUGGAUCGGUUGGCCGGUUUACCCGAACACAAGAUCAUUGAGGCACACGGCAGCUUUUAUACGAACCACUGUCUCAAUUGCAACCAGGAAUACGAUAUGGCCUGGAUGAAGGCCAAGAUAUUCGCAGAUGAGCUGCCAAAAUGCGAGGAAUGUAAAGGACUUAUAAAGCCGGACAUUGUCUUCUUUGGGGAAAACCUGCCUGGAAAGUUUUACAGCAGUCCCGAGGAGGAUUUCCGAGACUGUGAUUUGCUCAUUAUCAUGGGAACAUCGCUGGAGGUGCAGCCCUUUGCAUCGCUCAUCCAUCGGGCUGGGCCCCGUUGCGUUCGCCUCCUUAUUAAUCGCGAUGCCGUUGGACGCUCCAGCUUUGCUCCUUGGAUGGAUAGCAAUGAACAGUCUUUACUCUAUGGCAAACCGAAGAAUACGCGCGAUGUGGCUUACCUAGGGGACUGCGAUGCAGGUGUCUUGGCACUGGCCGAGUCACUGGGCUGGGCAGACGAGCUCCAGCAGCUGAUCAGCAACGGACAGCAGAAAACAGAAGAAAAACCGGACAACACCGCUAAAUUGGAUGGAGAUGAGCCCCAGGUCAAGGAGGAGGAGACUGUGAAAUGACGCUAAAUUUAGACUAGUAUUCCCAAUUUGGUUUGCAUUAGAGAAUGCGUUGCUGUUACUAAGGAAAUUUUUUCAUGCGUGCAAUAUGUAUAUAUGUUUGUAUUUAAUUGCAUAAGAGUGUGGUGUAACCGGAUA